UGCGCAGAACCUUGCAUCAGGGUCUUGCACCUUCCCGGUGCCUGUACGCCAGAAGGCGCUACUUGAUGGCGACGAGUCAAGUAUAGCGCUUGUGGACGUAGAUCCAUCUCAGAGAUGGGAAAUAGAUCGACAACGUGCGAUUUCUCUCGAGGAAAGGGUGACGAGGCACCAUCAGCGGACGCUGGAAUCGCAUGUUCCAGCCGGUUUAGUCAGGCUCCAAAACGAAGCCCUACUUCUCAGUCUCGUUUCGCGAACUCUCGAUUGUCACUCAGGAUUCCCGAGGAUCAAGAUCCGUAUUCCGACGACCGCGGCGUGCAGGGAGUAUCUGAUACUUCCCCAGUUACGCCCAAACACAAGCUGCCUCGACCGCACAUUCCCCUUCCGCCAUCGAGGAUAUUCCAUAAAUCUCAGUCACCACAGCCUUUAUCAUCUGUCAAUCCACUGUUGCGUAAUCCUAGUCCAUUCUUCAAGAGUACACCUUCACUCCUCAAUCUCUCUUCACCUCCUGCACUUCACAGUGGUCACGGAGUUCACCACUUUUCUCGAAAGCUCUUCCAUCGGAAGCAGAAAGAGCGUGCAAGUACUGAACCCUUAGAGGACUGGGAAGUUUUGGUUCGCACCGAUUCCUCUCAUUCGUCUUUGGACGUCUCUCCUGCUCACCAUAGCCCUCCAAGCCCGAUUCCUACAUCCAGCUCAGGCCUCGCAGAGACAUGCCGUUAUCUCGAUGUCUUCACAGAAGAUACUCGCAUCUCAACUGUGAAUCGACAUCCAUACCGCCCUAGCGUUCGGACUGUACCGCCGGCUGAAGAGCGCCCUCAACAUCCAGCUCCCCCUCCAUUUGUUAACCGACAUGUUCGGUGGCGCACGAGUUCCAACUUGCGUGGCGGUCACAUAAGUGCAAUGCAUCUGCCAAGACUUUCUUCUACAAUGGACCCUCAGCAACCCGCUUUCAAGAGCUACACCCACCAAUUCCCUCCCUCUUCUUCCCACACGGACACCCUGCUUCCUGUUCGUAAUGAUGAGGCUGGCGAUGCCCCCCCUGAAGCGAUGCUCCAAGACAUCUCAAGAUACAUCACCAAGGACGAAGAAUAUGCUGUUGCUCGUGGCGGGUUCGGGGAUAUCUGGAAAUGUACCUAUCACAAAGAUCAAGCACCGAUCAAAGUUCGUUUGCAGUGUUUUGUCUGACCAUCUCUCUAAAAUUGAUAAAUUUGCAGGUCGCAGUGAAAGCAUUACAUGCGUAUGCUGCCGAUCAUCAUGAUGCAGCGAAGAAGAAGAAGAAAGUCAAGGUGAGUGGCUCGACGAAGGACUGCAUCUAUUACUUAUGCCAGAGGUUGCCACUUCGCAGA